UUAAAUUCUUUACAAUUUAGCACUUUGUUUUUUCUCUCCUUGUGUUUCCGUUCUCCAGUUUGCGUAUUCUCCAGCUUGAAUUUGGCAAAAUUGAAGAAGAAAAAUCAGUGAAUUAAGAAAGGAUCUUGUCAAAUCGAAGAAGGAAUCAUACUAUUUAAGAGGCAGGAUGGAGUCCGCUCCACGCCACACGGCAUCCUAUAAGAAACUCCCCACCUUUUCUUCCCCACUCCGCUCAUCAAGCCCAUCUCUCUCUCUCUCUCUCUCUAGACUGUACUGCAUCAGUGCUACUGUGCACUAGCUGAAGCAGAGUCCACGUGUAAGCAGAGCACUGGGCAGCAGCUGCAAUGGAGAGGCCUGUCCAGGCGCCCAGGCAGCUGCCGCCGGGGUUCCGGUUCCACCCCACCGACGAGGAGCUGGUGGUGCAGUACCUCCGCCGGAAGGCCCUGUCCUGCCCGCUGCCGGCCGCCGUCAUCCCCGUCGUCCACGACGUCGCCAGGCGGGACCCGUGGGACCUCCCAGGAGCAAGUGAUGGGGAAGGGUAUUUCUUUAACCAGCGGCGAGCGCCGGCGACCGGCGGUGGCCGCAGGAGGAGAGCCGGCAGCGGGUACUGGAAGGCCACGGGGAAGGAGAAGCCGGUGUUCCUGCAGUGCGGCGGUGGCGUUGGUGGCGGCGUCAAGCGGCAGCUGCUAGUGGGCGUCAAGACGGCGCUCACCUUCCACCACGGGAAGCCGUCGCGAGCGUCGCCGCGGACCGGCUGGGUCAUGCACGAGUACCGUCUCGCCGUGCCCGAGCAGACGAAGAAUAAUGCAAGCCAUGAUCGCGUGGUGCAGCUUGGAGAGUGGGUCGUGUGCCGGAUCUUUCUGAAGAACAAAUCAGGAAGGCCGAACCGGGAUGCCGACGGCCAAACGCCGGGCAACCGUCCCUCUGUUUUUCACCGCACGGAGCUGCAUCGGCGCCGGGAGGAUGCUGCUGGUCAGCAGCGGCCGUUGCUGUCAUCUUCGCCGCAGCCGUCGUUCUCAAGCUGUGUUACAGGUGUUACCGACACUUCAGACCAAGAAGAAGUGAGCAGCAGCAGCAACAGGGAUGCUCCAGCUGCCUCUCCUCAAUGAGAGGCCUAGGCAUGCUGAAUUUUUAAGUUCUUUUCUCCCUUUCUUGCUCCGUUGCCUGUACUUUUCCUGGUACCAUAUAAUGAUGAGUUAAGCAUCAAGUAAUCAGGUUUAAGGACUGCAAGUCCAGUUCAAGAAUGGUCUUAAGAUUAUCAAACGGCUGCGCCAUAUGUAUCAAUUAUAACUUGUAAGAUUCCCUAAACACUUAUUAAGAAACGGAAAUUGAAUUAA